UUUUCUUUCCCAAUUUUUUUAAACAAAGAUAAUUUCUUAGAAUAUUAUGUUAUUAUCAAUAAAAAUUGUAAAUUGAAAAGAAACUGAUUUUCUUAUUUCAAGGAAAAUUCGUUAUUAUCAACAUCAAAACAAAACAAAAGAGAAUAGAAAAUACAUCAAAAGUAAUUCCUAAGGACAAAAGUAAUCGUAAUCCAACUAUAAAAAAAAAGCCAAAAGAAAAAGAAAAACCCUUAUAUGUAUGUGUGUGUUAUACAAACCCUACUCUGGAAAAGUCCUAAUUCCUAAAGCUACUUUCAACAAAGACGCCUGAAGCAUCUGCCUAUAGUGAAAGAUCAGAAGACUCUUCAACCAAAAUCUUAUUCUCAUCCACCAUGGAAGCUCUCUUCACUUCAACACACACACCCAAUUUACAGACUAAGCCUCUCCUCAAAUCUCCGCUGCCCACUUCUUCCCAGUCUUCGUGUUGGUUUUGUAAUUCGCUACCCAAAACGCAAUUCCCGAAGCUGAGACUCAGUAAUGGAUCAAGUCACGGGCUUCGUAUACAAGCUCUCUUACGUAACGAGACGCCAAGUGAAGGUGAAGAUAAUAAUGGGUUUGGUUUUUUUCCUGGGGAUAUCUUCUCUUUAUCACAGGAAAAGCUCGGGAGUAAUAGCAAUGGUGAAACUUCUCAUAGUGUAAUCGAUGUGGAGGCAUCUCUUGCACAUCCUCAAGGUGGUGGAGGAAAUCGAGCUGGGCUUUUUAGAACUCCAAUAUCUGGUGGUGUUCAAAAUGCUACAUCAGCUCAUGCUUUACCUCGGCCUGCUUUAGCUGUACGGAACUUGUUGGAACAGGCUAGGUUUGCUCAUCUGUGCACAGUGAUGUCCAAAAUGCACCACCGCAGGGAAGGGUACCCAUUUGGCUCAUUGGUAGAUUUUGCACCUGAUCGGAUGGGGCAUCCAAUAUUUUUGUUUUCACCGCUGGCCAUCCACACACGAAAUCUCUUGAAUGAACCUAGAUGCAGCCUCGUUGUUCAGAUACCCGGAUGGAGUGGCUUAUCGAAUGCAAGAGUGACAUUAUUUGGUGAUGUGUACCCAUUGUCAGAGGAUGAACAGGAGUGGGCCCAUAAGCAAUAUAUUGCAAAGCACCCGCACGGGCCUUCAGAGCAAUGGGGAAACUUUCAUUAUUUUAGAAUGCAGAACAUAAGUGAUAUAUAUUUCAUUGGAGGCUUUGGCACGGUCGCUUGGGUUGAUGUCAAAGAGUAUGAAGGUUUACAACCAGAUAAGAUAGCUGUUGAUGGUGGUGAGCGGAACCUCAAGGAACUAAAUGCCAUCUUCUCGAAACCGCUGAGAGAGCUACUGUCUACUGAAUCAGAGGUAGACGAUGCUGCUCUCAUUUCAAUAGAUAGCAAAGGAAUAGAUGUACGGGUUCGUCAAGGUGCUCAGUUUAACAUACAAAGGCUAGCAUUUGAGGAAGGUCAUGGUGUUGAGACACUAGAAGAAGCUAAGUCUGCAUUAUGGAAAGUGUUGGAGAAGGUCAAGCUGAAUUUGCAGAAAUGACAAGCCCCUUUUGCUACUUUAUACGGGUCCUUUUAAAAUAGUAGGACCAAUAAAAUGUUGUUUGGUUCCUCUUUUCUUCUUCUUGACUAGCUGAAAUUUUGUAGUUUCUUUCUUUUAUCUUUUGACCUCCCUUUUGUAGAGUAUCAAAAUUGGAGGUUUAAAAAACGUCAAUCUGGAAAUAUGGGGUUGAUAUCUGAGUUUCUAAUGAACAAUAUUAGAGCGUUAAUGAUAUAUUUCUGGAAGGUUUCAAGCCGAUAUUUAAAAUCGUUACAUAA